AUGACAGUGAAGAGCCUGUAUGAAGUUACCAGAGGGAUACUUAUUACCUUUGGGACUAUAAGUGCUUUUUUUAAUGGAAUUUGCUUUUUUCCUGUUUUUUCUUAUAAGCCUUUGUUUGUUGGACAGAGUGUUUGCCUCACCAGUCCCAUCUGGAAAGGAGCUUUGUGGGAGGCCACAGUUUUGCCUUGGGCACACGGAGCACCAUGGGCUCCUCAGUGCAAGUUUGCUGUUGCCAUCCCAUCUCUUCUCCCUGGCCCAUACUGCUACUACUCGCUUGCUGGGAUCACUGGGACCAACUACCUGGGAGUCCUGGUCCCAUUCCCCUACACAGCCUUCCCAAACCUCUGCAAAGACCCAGUACAGUCAGAGUGGUACCACCUGGCCCUGCAGGUCCUGGACACGUGCUCAAGUCUGGCCAUAUUCUGCACUGCUUCUGCUGUUGAGAUCAAGCUCACAAUGAGACUGCUCCAGCUGGGACACUUAAAUGUGAGCUGUGAUGGGAAAGGGGGAUUGAUUGUCCCCAUAAAGCUGUAA